AUGAGCGAAUCGCUGCCAAAGCAAGCUUCGUCGCGAGUCGACGGUGUGCAGAACUUCGGAACCGAUGACAAUUGGCCGGAGACCAGGAAUAAGAAGAUCCGGCAUUUGGCCAAGAAGGACCCCUUGGCUAGUGGUGUCGAGGAUGUCAGUCAAAUCCACCUGCAGUACAUCAGGGAACUUCUCUUGUGCUUCAGCAAGAAGAUCAGCGAAAGAUUCAGCCCCGCAGUGAACGAGGCAGGCCGCCAAGUGCUCUUCUUCAGCUGCGAGAGAUCAGACUCAGGCGAGGUUGAAUCUCUAGCGGACGUAGCUGCAACGGCAUCCUCGAGUGGACCGACAAGCACGACGUUGUCAGCAUAG